AUGGCUUAUGAGAUACAACAAGCAUCAAGCUAUGAGUUUAUGAUCAAAACCCGUUCUACUGCACUAUCUGAAGAACUAUUUGAAUUUGACCCAGAGAUCGAAAGAACUUCGCGAAAAAUUCAGAAAAAGAGGCGACUGCUAGUACAGAGGGAAAAUGCACAAACCCACAUGGAAGGAAUGGCAAACAACGAAGAUCAACCAAGGACCAUGUCUGAUUAUGCUCGUCCAUCAUUAACUGGGACAGAAUCUAGCAUUGUUCGUCCGGAUGUGCAGGGAAAUUUUGAAAUAAAACCCAAUGUUAUUCAGAUGGUUCAGCAGUUUGUCCAGUUUGAUGGGUUGCAAGACGAAGACCCCAAUGCUCACAUUGCAAAUUUUCUAGAAAUUUGUGAUACUUUCAAGAUCAAUGGAGCUACUGAUGAUGCAAUCCGCUUGAGGCUAUUUCCAUUUUCUCUUAGGAGCAGAGCAAAGCAAUGGUUGAAUUCUCUCCCACGAGGGUCCAUCACUUCAUGGGAGGCUAUGGCAGAAAAAUUCUUGGCAAAAUAUUUCCCUUCCGCGAAAACUGCCAAAAUGAGGAACGAUAUCUCUUCCUUCUAUCAGUUGGAGUCAGAGACAUUAUACGAUACAUGGGAGAGGUUCAAGGAAUUGUUGCGGAAAUGCCCACAUCAUGGGAUUCCGGACUGGCUUCAAGUGCAAACCUUCUACAAUGGAUUAAACCCAGCCACAAGACAAAUGAUAGAUGCUGCAGCUAGGGGCACUUUAAAUAGCAAGACACCAAGGGCUGCACAAGAACUGUUUGAAGAAAUGGCAAUGAACAGCUAUCAGUGGAGCUCCACUCGAUCCAAACCUGCAAAAUCGGCGGGGAUCUAUAGUCUUGAUGCAGUAACAUCCUUGGCAAUGCAAGUGGAAGCCUUAGGGAAGAAGAUUGAUGGUCUAUCUGUUAACCAUCAAGUUGCUCCGGUAAUGAGAUGUGAUAUUUGCGGAGGAGGCCACCCUAAUUAUGAGUGUCGAGCUACUCAGGAAGAAUAUGCCAAUGUGAUAGGAAACAUACCACCUUACCAAAAUUAUAAUGGCAUGAAUAAUCCGGGCUGGAGGAACUAUGCAAACCAACCAUGGAACAACAACCAACAGCCAAUGCGGAACAACACACUCCCAGGAUUUCAACAAGCUUCACAUCCACCACUACCCCCAGCUGAAAAGAAGUCAAACCUUGAGGAGUUGAUGACCAAAUUCAUUCAAACUUCAGAAUCUCGGUUCCAAUCCACUGAGACAGCACUAAGAAAUCAACAAGCCUCUAUUCAUAAUUUAGAAAUUCAGUUGGGUCAAAUUUCUAGACUCCUCUCAGAAAGACCCCAAGGAAGCUUGCUUGGCAAUACUGAGACUAAUCCUAGGAAGCAGGUCAAUGCAGUAACAUUAAGGAGUGGCAGAACAUUACAAGAGAAGGGGAAGCAAGAAACAGAAAAAGAUGCAGUUGAAGAGGAGGAUAAAUGUCAAGAGGAGACUGUGGAAAAGCCCCCUGUAGUGAAAGAAUUCAUACCCCCACUUCCCUACCCAGCUAGAUUGAAGAAGGACAGAGACAAUGAACAGUUUGGUAAAUUUCUUUCCUUAUUUCGUCAGCUUCAUAUUAAUUUACCGUUUGUUGAUGCCUUGGCACAGAUGCCCAAGUACGCCAAAUUUCUGAAGGAUCUACUGUCCAACAAGAAGAAAUUGGAGGAGUUGGCCACAGUAACUCUGAAUGAAGAAUGCUUAGCAAUUCUGCAAAACAAGAUGCCCGAAAAAUUAAAGGAUCCAGGGAGUUUUACUCUUCCUUGUCUCAUUGGUAGAUUGAUAGUUGAUAGGGCUUUAGCUGAUUUAGGUGCUAGCAUUAAUUUGAUGCCAUAUUCUAUUUUUAAGAAAUUAGGUUUAGGGGAACCUAGGCCAACUAGGAUGAGUAUUCAAUUAGCUGAUAGGUCAAUUAAAUAUCCUAGGGGUAUCAUUGAGGAUGUGCUUGUAAAAGUAGACAAAUUUAUUUUUCCUGUUGAUUUUGUGAUUUUUGAUAUGGACGAGGACACUAAUGUUCCCUUGAUCUUAGGUCGUCCAUUUUUAGCUACUGCAGGGGCUAUAAUUGAUGUGAGGGAUGGAAAGUUAAUUUUGAGGGAAUUUUUGAUUUCAAACCCAUUGGAAAGAAGCUUAGUUCAUGAUAGAGGAAAAGAUGAUAUGAGCUUGGUAACUCAAGAACAGUGGUGUCAUUUAGAAGCAACUAAGCCAUUAUGGAGAAAGAGAGACUUCAAAGUUUUGGAGUGGAAAUCAGAGAAGCAACGCAACCCAUCCAUUAAUGAACUGUCAGAUGAAAAAUUGAAGAACACAAUGAAGCCAGAGAUAUACACGGGCAAGUAUAUGCCCGUGUAUGUGAGCAUGUAUCGCACUGGUCGCGUCAAUUGA